AUGCUCCAGCCAAUAAUUCAUAUUCUCAGUGCUCAGAGGAACAUCUUAGCCAGUAGCUCACCUCGAAGAAAACAAAUUUUGGAAAAUAUAGGUCUAAAGUUUGAGGUAUUGUCAUCAUCAUUUGAGGAAAAUCUAGACAAAUCACAAUACACUCCCUCAGAAUAUGUUCUAGAAACUGCAAGACUGAAAACCCAAGAGGUAGCAGACAAGUUCAAAGUUAAUGGCCUUUUGCCAGAUCUGCUGAUUGGGGCUGACACUGUUGUUGCCCAGGACAACCACAUCAUCGAAAAACCCCAAGACAAAGAUGAUGCUGUUAGAAUAUUAUCUCUAUUGAGUGGUAGAUCACACACUGUGUUCACUGGGGUGGUUAUAUUUGUUCCAGCACAUUCCACAGUUCUCCCCCGAGGCACUAAAGUGUUAGAUGGCAGCUAUCGGUGCACAGGUUUCGUGGAGAGUACAGAUGUUUUUAUGCAGCAGAUGAGUCAGGAAGUUAUACAUUCAUAUAUUGAAACAGGAGAGCCCAUGGAUAAGGCCGGAGCGUAUGGUAUUCAAGCAAUUGGGGGAACACUGGUGGAAAAAAUCCAUGGAGAUUUCUUUAAUGUCAUGGGAUUUCCUUUGCCUCGGUUUGCUAAGGAGCUUGAUUCUAUAUAUAGAAGUCAUUAG